UCCCGCGGCAGCGCCCCCUGGCGGCGCAGGGCGGAGUGGGCCAAGAUGGCGGCGGAGCCGGGCCCGGGCCCGGGGCCCGACGCGGAGUUGGAGGAGCUGCUGGAGAGUGCCCUGGACGACUUCGAGCGCAGCCGCCCCGCGCCCCCUGCCCCCGCCAGCUCCUCCUGCCCCCCUUCCCCUCCCUCAGCCGCCGACUCCGCCAAGGACUCGCUGUUCUCCUCGCAGGAAAGGUUCUUCCAGGAGCUCUUUGAGGGCGAGCUGGCGGCGCAGGCGGCGGCUGAGUUCCAGGAGGCCAUGCAGGAGCUGGCACGGCAGGAGCCACAGCUGGUGGAGCAGUUCCAGAAGCUCUCAGAGGCUGCUGGGAAAGUCGGCAGCGAUGCGGCCUCGCAGCAGGAAUUCACCUCCUGCCUCAAGGAGACGCUGAGCGGGCUGGCCAAGAACGCCAACGACCUCCAGAACUCCCCGGGAUCCGAGGAGGAGCUGGCCAAGGCCCUGGAGGGGCUGGGGCUGGACGAGGGCGGCGGCGACGGCGUCCUGCCCGUCAUGCGCAGCAUCAUGGAGUCCCUGCUGUCCAAGGACGUGCUCUACCCCUCCCUCAAGGAGAUCACCGAGAAGUACCCGGAGUGGCUCCGGCAGCACGAGGGGACCCUGCCCCCGGAGCAGCGGGCGCGGUUCGGCCAGCAGCAGGCGCUGAUGCUGCGGAUCUGCGCGGAGCUGGAGCGGGAGCGGCCCGAGGAGCCCGAGGGGCAGCGCCGGGAGCGCUUCGAGACCCUGCUGGACCUGAUGCAGCAGCUGCAGGACCUGGGCCACCCCCCCAAGGAGCUGGCAGGGGACACGCCGCCAGGACUGAACCUCACAGGGGAGCAGUGCCGCCUCAUGUAGGGCACGUUUGGGGUGACCCCACAGAUUUGGGGUGUCCUCCCCAUGGAUUUGGGGUGCCCCAUGGCUUUGGGGUGCCCCCCCGGAUUUGGGGUGCCCCAUGGCUUUGGGU